AACUCGGGUGAGAGAGGACCCAGGAGCAUCCCAGAGAGAGCUGGGACCUUCCUUAGGCCUACCCUUCCCUAGCGUCUAGUCCUUGGCUCAGCAGCCCACCCUGCCGGGUCUGUCGGUCACCUCCUCCAGGCCGUUUGCUGCUGUGGCCAGCGUUGCCAGGGGCAUUCCUUCUCUCUUCCCACCAUGGCAGUGUACCGCCUGUGUGUGACCACUGGUCCCUACCUGAAGGCGGGCACACUGGAUAACAUCUCUGCCACACUGGUGGGUACGUGCGGUGAGAGUCCCAAGCAGAGGUUGGAUCGAGUGGGCAGGGACUUCGCCUCUGGAUCGGUCCAGAAGUACAAGGUGCGCUGCUCAGCAGAGCUGGGUGAGAUAUUGCUGCUGCGACUUCACAAGGAGCGCUACGCUUUCUUCCGCAAGGACUCCUGGUACUGUAGCCACAUCAGUGUCACUGCCCCAGAUGGCACUGUUGCCCACUUUCCCUGUUAUCAGUGGAUUGAGGGCUACUGCACCGUGGAACUGCGCCCAGGAACAGCGAGAACUAUUUGUCAAGACUCCCUUCCCCUUCUUCUGGAUCACAGGAAACGAGAGCUCCAGGCCCGACAAGAAUGCUACCGCUGGAAGAUCUAUGCCCCUGGCUUCCCCCGAAUGGUGGAUGUCAGCAGCUUUGAGGAGAUGGAGUCAGACAAGAAGUUUGCCUUAACCAAAAUGACACCUUGUGUAGACCAGGGCGACAGUCCUGGGAAUCGGUACUUGCCUGGCUUCCCCAUGAAAAUUGACAUCCCAUCCCUGCUGCACAUGGAGCCCAAUAUUCGAUACUCAGCCACCAAGACCACCUCGCUGAUCUUCAAUAUCAUCCCUGCGUCCUUGGGCAUGAAGAUUCGAGGGCUGCUGGACCGUAAGGGCUCCUGGAAAAAGCUGGAUGACAUUCGGAACAUCUUCUGGUGCCACAAGACCUUCACCUCAGAGUAUGUUACAGAGCACUGGUGUGAGGACAACUUCUUUGGGUACCAGUACCUGAAUGGCGUCAAUCCUGUUAUGCUCCAUUGCCUUUCCAGCUUGCCCAGCAAGCUGCCAGUCACCAAUGACAUGGUGGCCCCAUUACUGGGACCAGACACCUGCCUGCAAGCAGAGUUAGAGAGAGGGAACAUCUUCCUAGCGGACUACUGGAUCCUGGAGGAGGCCCCAGUCCAUUGUCUAAACGGCCGACAGCAGUACGUGGCGGCCCCGCUCUGCCUGUUGUGGCUCAACCCCCAGGGGGCGCUGCUGCCCUUGGCCAUCCAGCUCAGCCAGACCCCCGGGCCCAAUAGCCCCAUCUUUCUGCCCACUGACUCUGACUGGGACUGGCUGUUGGCCAAGACAUGGGUGCGUAACUCUGAGUUCUUGGUGCACGAAAACAACACGCACUUUUUGUGUACGCACUUGUUGUGUGAGGCCUUCUCCAUGGCCACACUACGUCAGUUGCCGCUCUGCCAUCCUGUCUACAAGCUCCUGCUUCCCCAUACUCGCUACACCCUGCAGGUGAACACCAUCGCAAGGGCUACGCUGCUCAACCCAGAAGGCCUGGUGGACAAGGUCACGUCCAUCGGGAGACGCGGUCUCCUCUACCUCAUGAGUACGGGUCUGGCCCACUUCACCUACACCAAUUUCUGCCUUCCGGAUAGUCUGCGGGCCCGUGGCGUCCUGACCAUCCCCAAUUACUAUUACAGAGACGAUGGUCUGAAGAUCUGGGCGGCCAUUGAGAGCUUUGUCUCAGAAAUCGUGGGCUAUUAUUAUCCCAGUGAUGCAUCGGUGCAGCAGGACUCGGAGCUGCAGGCCUGGGUCGGUGAGAUUUUUGCUCAGGCGUUCCUCAACCGGGAGAGCUCAGGCUUCCCAAGCCACCUGUGCACACCAGGAGAGUUGGUGAAGUACCUCACUGCAAUCAUCUUCAACUGUUCCGCCCAGCACGCUGCUGUCAAUAGUGGGCAGCAUGACUUUGGGGCCUGGAUGCCCAAUGCCCCCUCAUCCAUGAGGCAGCCCCCACCUCAGACCAAGGGGACCACCACUCUGAAGAGUUACCUGGACACCCUCCCAGAAGUGAACAUCACCUGCAACAACCUUCUCCUCUUCUGGUUGGUCAGCCAAGAGCCCAAGGACCAGAGACCUCUGGGCACCUACCCGGAUGAACACUUCACUGAAGAGGCCCCACGCAGGAGCAUUGCCACCUUCCAGAACCGCCUGGCUCAAAUCUCAAAGGACAUCAGGGAGCGGAACCAAGGGCUGCCACUGCCCUAUGCUUAUCUGGACCCUCCCCUCAUUGAGAACAGUGUCUCCAUCUAACCCCCCACCUCAGACCACCCCAGAAGAAAGGAGGAUCCAAGCAUGAGGAAGUCGAGCUUCUUAGGGUCUUCCAGACCCUUCCAUUCUCCCUAUUCUCAGCUGGAACCUUCUUUUCUGCCUAUGGGGACCUUUUCAGCCAAGAUGGCUCUAGCAUCAUAUGAAUGGGCCACGAACUGUGAGGGAUCGGGGGCAACAGUGUCUGGGGGAAGCCGCUAACUGAAGUCAAAUGCACAAUAGACCCCUUGAAAAGGAAGGAACCCUUGUACCCCUUGCCCUACUUUGGGCAGCUUCCUGUUCCAGCCUCUUGUGGGAAUCUACCUCCUCCCAUUGGGAUGCCCAGGUUGGGUUCCCAAGCUCUCCUUCCCAGUCCUCCCCAUCCACAUCCUCUUUUUCCUACUGUGGCUUUUUGAUUCCCCUUGUCUCCAUCCUCAGGACCAACCCACCCAGCUUCCUUCUCUAGAAGAUCCUGGAAACUGGACACAGAUGGGAUGUGUGCCUGGGUCUGUCGUGUGGUUCCCUUUGCCCCUAUUACCUUUAAGGGGAGGGGAAGAGUCAGAGCCAGUUCAACUGGAUAUCUAGCUGCAGUUCUAGGGGACAGGCCCCUGAGUGUGUAUGCAGCUUCACUCUCUUUCAUCCUACUUCACUCUAAUCCUUUUUUCUUUUUCUUUUUUUUUUUU